UGUGUAAUAAAUUUAAAAAAAUGUCAGAAAACAGAGGCCAUUGCCUGCUUGUGGUGAAUUUGCCUGCCACUUCCAUCAUUUAUUUAGCAUUAACAAACAAAACAAUGAUGAUUUUCAACAACUUCCAAUCAUUUAAAAUGUAAUCAUCUCCAAUAAUUUAAAUAAAAGUUAAACGAACAGAUUGUAUUCAUUUUUUCAAGAACAAACCAUGUGGAGAAGAAGCUUCAGCACCACCACCACCACCGUACUGAAAGAUAAAAAAUGGGACGCGUUAGUGAUCGGAGGUGGCCAUAAUGGUUUAAUCGCGGCAACUUACUUAGCUCGCUCUGGUCUCUCAGUUGCCGUGCUAGAACGCCGCCAUGUGAUCGGCGGUGCCGCCGUAACUGAAGAGUUGAUCCCAGGUUUUAAGUUUUCUCGGUGCAGUUACUUGUCAGCUCUUCUCCGUCCCUCUAUUAUCAAGGACUUGGAUUUGAAAAGGCAUGGUUUGAAGUUCUUGAAGCCUAAGGCUUUCGGCUUUACGCCUUGUUUGGAUGGUCGUUAUCUUCUGUUAGGACCUGAUGAGAAACAGAAUCAUGCAGAGAUUUCUAAAUUCUCUAAACAUGAUGCUGAUGCUAUGCCGAGAUAUGGAAUGCAUUUGCAUAAGUACUCUAAAUUGAUGAACUUGAUUAUGGAAUCACAUACUCCUGAAACUGUAUCUGGGGAUAAUGUUUCCUUUGCGGAUCGCCUGAGGGAUAAGAAGCGCCGGUCAAUGUUUUGGGCUAAGUGUGCAUAUCAUGCUCUUUCUCUAGGGCAAAAGAAUAUGGUGGAGUUUGUGAACCUUUUACUGUCCCCAAUGUCGAAGAUUCUCGAUAACUGGUUUGAGUCAGAUAUUGUGAAGGCAACUAUGGCAGGAGAUUCAAUAAUUGGAAGUAUGGGAAGCAUUCAUAUGCCUGGGAGUGGAUAUUUUCUGCUGCAUCAUCUCAUUGGUGAAGUUGAUGGUGAACCUAACAUUUUUGCGCAUGUUGAAGGCGGGAUGGGUUCAAUAAGUGUGGCCAUAAGUAAAGCUGCUAAUGAAGCUGGAGUUCAUAUUGCAACAGAAACUGAGGUCUCAGAGUUGAUGAUUGAAGACUCUGGCAUUGUUAAGGGGGUCUGUCUAGCCGAUGGGACACAAGUGCAUUCUUCAAUAGUUUUGUCAAAUGCCACCCCUUAUAAAACUUUCAUGGAAUUGGUGCCUCGAAAUGUUCUUCCUGAUGACUUCGUCCGCGGUAUCAAGUGUUCAGACUACAGCUCUGGAUCCACAAAAAUUAAUGUGGCUGUUGAUAAAUUACCUCAGUUCCCUUGCCUCAAGAUGCAUAAUGAAGAGGCAGGUCCACAUCACACGUCCCAAAUUCAAAUCGGACCUGAGAGUAUGGAGGAGAUUGGUUCAGCUUGUCAAGAUGCUUGGAAUGGCAUCCCGUCACGAAGACCUGCUAUGAAAAUGACUAUUCCUUCGUCAUUGGACAAUACCAUUUCACCUCCUGGCAAGCAUGUUAUCAACUUGUUCACACAGUACACACCUUACAAACCCUCUGAUGGUAGCUGGGAAGAUCCUAAAUACAGAGAAACAUUUGCAAAAAGAUGUUUUUCCUUGAUCGAUGAAUAUGCCCCGGGUUUUAGCUCAUCAGUCAUCGGAUAUGACAUGUUAACACCGCCAGAUCUUGAAAGAGAAUUCGGUCUCACAGGAGGAAAUAUAUUUCACGGCGCCAUGAGUUUGGAUUCACUUUUCUUGAUGCGACCGGCUAAAGGAUGGUCAGAUUAUAGAACACCCGUAAAGGGACUGUAUAUGUGCGGAAGUGGAACGCAUCCAGGAGGUGGAGUGAUGGGCGCACCCGGUCGAAAUGCUGCUCAAGUUGUUCUUCAAGAUGUUAAGAAAAGUUCUAGCUAGCAGCUUCUUCUUUUUUUUUGCUGCUGCUGCUAUGAUUCUUUUUCCUCCUUAUGUUCGAUAAAACAUGACAUAUUGGACAUAAGUAAGAAAUAGUUCGGGAAAUAAGGGAGCAUUUGCCCCCUUUAAUUAAAAUACAAAAAAUUAAAAAAAAAAAUUUAAUUUAUCAUUGUUAUUCAGAAAAUAUUAUAUGUUGGUUCCUUUAAUUUCAAUGAAUUUUAAUUUUGAUAUAUUAUAUAAUAAAUAUUAUAUUUUACA